AACACAAUCAAACAUUCGGAGCAAAUCGUUCUUAAGGAGCUGAAAAUUCGAGAAAGCUUGUUUUCUUGUCAGUGCUCAAAAGUUUGAAAUUUAAUAGGUUAAAUGGCCAGCGGAGAUGGAUCAAUUAAAACUCAAGAAAAUGAUAUGCCAAUCCCGAAGAUCAAGCAUGAUUGGUAUCAAACAGAAACACAUAUUAUCAUCACAAUACUUGCCAAAAAUACAGAAAGUGUAAAAAUUGAUUAUGGAAAGACUACGCUAAGUGUUUCAGCGAAACUACCUUCUGGUAGCGACUAUAGCUUGGAAUUGGACUUGGCUCAUCCAGUAGUACCAGAUCAAUGUUCACACAAAAUAUUAACAUCUAAAAUAGAAAUCAAGUUGAAGAAGCAGGAUGGCAUAAGGUGGAGCAUUUUAGAGGGAAAUCCAGUCAAAAAAGAGGUUGAACCAAUACCUCCAGAAAUACUUCAAAGUGGUAAUCAACCACCAAAGUAUCCGAGUUCUUCUAAAAAAUCUAAAGAUUGGAACAAGGUAGAAAAAGAAAUAGAAAAACAAGAGGCAGAGGAAAAACCGGAAGGAGAAGCUGCUGUUAAUGCCCUUUUCCAACAGAUAUAUGGUAGUGGUUCUGACGAAGUUAGACGUGCUAUGAAUAAAUCUUUUCUAGAGUCAGGUGGUACCGUUUUAAGUACAAACUGGUCAGUGGUAGGUAAAGGGACGGUUGAAAGAAAACUACCAGAUGGAAUGGAAUGGAAAUCAUGGAAUCAAUAAAAAGUUUGCUUACCUAAAUAAAGACACGCAUAAAUAAUUCAUGCAAAUUUUUUUUGAAGUUUUUUU